CUACCACAUCUAUUGAAUAUGAUAAACAGAAGCUGAUAUAAAUAGGAUGUCGUCUCCUCAACUUUCACAUUCGAUUGGCAAGAUGUUCUGCACAAAGCUGACCACCGUUUCUCUUCUGCUUGGAGCCUGGUGUUGGACAUUGGCUGCAGAGCUUUACCAUGAAGUGGCGUGCCCAGGAGUCAACCCGAAGCUGAAGUGUCCUGAUGGACUCAGAAUUAGAUUGAAGGCUGUAGACUACGGUUUGAAGGAGGAUGCUGACUGCUCUGCUCCCCAUCGGCCUGCCGAAGUCUCAACAAUGAUGGGCUUUCAUCCUUUGUUCUAUGGUUGGGUGGAAUCUAUCUGUGAAAACGAAGUGUAUUGCCGCCUGCCAAAGCCCAACAUCACGAUGUUCGUACAAAAUUGGUCACCUGACAACUUCAUCCAAAUCUCCUACACUUGUGAACAAGAAUUUGAAGACAUGAUGUCAAAGGUCUUGUGCGAUGGAGAAAGUCAAACUCUCACAUGUGAGACUGGAAAGCUGGUGAUCCUGAAGGCAAAGUAUGGCCGUCUGGAUGAGAAUACCUGCACUGAUACGCCCUCAGAAAUGACUUUCUGUAACAGUCCCUUCGCUGCAGCUCGAGUUGAAGAUGUAUGUUACCACAAUGGAAUUACUAACAAAUGCACCCUUACAGUAAACAGUGAUAUCCUGGGAUCCCCAGGGCCAUGUGAUACACUUCCAAAGUAUCUCUCUGUGGAUUAUAGAUGUGUUGAGGUGGACGAAUAGUCACCCACCAGAGGCCAGAGUGGAGGAGUAACCAGGAGUAACCAAUCAUAGCUCUUUGCUCACCAGCAUGACAGUACACUAGAUGUAGAAUGCUAAUAAAAAGAUUGCUCAGC